AUGGCGAUGAGGGUGAUAGAGAAGAGUGAAGUUGCACCUCCACCUGGUUUAGUUCCCUCUCCAACCAUUCUUCCCCUCACAUUCUUGGACAUUCCAUGGUUUUGCUGUCGAACCAUUAAACGCAUCUUCUUCUACCACUUUCCUCAUCCAACUCAUCACUUUCUCCAAACAAUACUUCCCAUUCUCAAACACUCUCUUUCCAUCACCCUCGAACACUUCUUUCCAUACUCUUCCAAUCUUAUAAUUCCUUCACAUUCCGAAAAUGUUCCCCCUUAUAUACGCUACCUCAAUGGAGACUCUCUCUCCUUCACCAUUGCUGAAUCCUUAGCAAACUUCAACCUCCUUAUUUCAGAUUCUUCACAAGAUGUUAAAAAUUUGCACCCUUUUUUUCCGAACUUGCCUUCUCCUCAUACUGAACACAAUGACACACGCGUCGUCCCUCUAAUGGCCAUUCAAGUCACCAUUCUACCUAACUCUGGAUUCGCUAUCUGCCUCACGUUUAACCACAUUGCAGGUGAUGGAAAAUCACUUCACCAAUUCAUGAAACUCUGGUCAUAUGUUUCCAAAACCAAAACCAUCAACAACAGAUUAUCUCUAGAACACUCUCUGCCUCUUGAUCUUCUUCCUUCACAUGAAAGAGAUAGAGUUAGAGACCCAAAGAAUCUUAAACUCACCUACUUACAAGAACUAAAAGAUGUUAUAUCAAAAUCCACCGGUCAUGUGCAAGAUUCUAAUAAUUAUGUUAGCAAGGUUCGAAUCACUUUAGUAUUGAGCCAUGAACAAGUUCUAAAACUCAAGAAAUGGGUCGCUGAUCAUAGUUGUAAAGAAACUUCAUUACAGAAACAUAUGUUGUCAACUUUUGUUGUAACAUGUUCCUUGAUUUGGUUUUGUUUGAUAAAAUCAGAGAAGCAAAGAAAAGGUUGUUGUGUUUUUGUGGAUGGUGAUGAUCUAUGCUACUUGGUAUUUCAUGCAGAUUGUCGUGAUAGUCCUGAAAUUUCAUUACCCAAAAAUUAUUUUGGAAAUUGUCUUGCCAGUAAAAUUGUGGUUGUAAAGAGGGCUGAGUUAGUUGGAACAAAUGGGAUUGUUGCGGCUGCAAAUGGUAUCGAAAGGAAGAUAAGAGAUUUCAAGAGUGAUAAUGCUUUGUUAGGUCCUAAAUGGUGGACUUCUGAUCAUAGUGAAUUAUCAAAACCUGGUAAGUCUGUUGUAGGAAUUGCUGGCUCACCUAAAUUUGAUGUUUAUGAGACUGACUUCGGGUGGGGGAAGCCUAAAAAAUCUGAUGCAGUUCAUCUUGAUUCGUCGUCUUCGAUUUCUAUUUCUCUUUCUGAUUGUAGAGAUGGUGGAGGUGGAAUUCAGGUUGGUUUGGCUCUUGAGGAGAUUCAAAUGACUAAUUUCAGCAAAAUCUUCCAACAACAAGUUGAUCAGAUUUGUUUGUAG